AUGUUUUCCGUUGUAGUAGCUUUAAUAAUAGUAGUAAGUAUUUCAUAUGUUAAUGGAUCGAAUAAUAACGUCUGCAUACCAACAUCAAAACAAAAGAAUACAACAAAUAUCUUAGCUGAUCUUCGUCGAGAAAUGAAAAAUGUCGGUAUUGGAAUCUAUAUUGUUUUCUCAGAUGAUGAACACGGAAGUGAAUAUACACAAUCAUAUGAUAAACGACGUGAUUGGAUUACAGGAUUUCGUGGUUCAUCAGGUGUAGCAUUAAUUUCUUUGCAAACAGCAGCUUUAUGGACUGAUAGCCGUUAUUUUAUACAAGCAGAAGAAGAACUCGAUUGUACGAACUGGAUUUUAAUGAAAAGUGGUAACUCAGGUGUACCGAAUAUAGUUACUUGGUUAGUUACUGAAGCAAAUCAAACAACACUGCCACCGGGUGGUACAACUGUAUUCAUUUCUUCAUCAUGGUGGUCAUCAGCUAAUACGGCAUUAGCAAAAAUCGGCAAACAACUUCAACCCGUUGACGAUCUUGUUGGACGUAUUUGGUCAGAUAAUGAACGUCCAAAAGAAUCGCAAAAACCAAUUGUUCAACAUGAUAUUAAAUAUGCAGGAGAAAAUGUUACCGAGAAAUUAGUUCGAACAACAACAGAACUUAAAUAUGCUCGUGUACAAGCAACUAUUAUAAGUGCUCUAGAUGAAAUUGCAUGGCAAUUUAAUUUACGUGGUGCUGAUAUUCCAUAUAAUCCUUUUUUUAAAUCAUAUGCUAUCAUUUAUACAAAUUAUAAUGUUCAUCAACCAGAAUUAUUUGUUAAUUUAGCACAACUUAAUAGUAGUAUAUAUCCUAUUGGUGUUAAAGUAUUUAAUUAUACUAUGUUUUGGUCACAUUUAAAUGCAACAGUUACAGAUCCAACUAUUCAAAAGAUUUGGAUUAGUAAUCGAGUAUCUCAAGCUAUACGAAGUUUAAUUCCUGAGAAUAGAUUAAAACUACCCUUAUCAAAUUCACCUAUAAAACAAAUAAAAUCACACAAGAAUUUAGUAGAACGACAAGGAAUGAGAGAUUGUCAAAUACGAGAUGCUAUUGCUCGUAUGAAACAUAUUGGAUGGAUUGAAAAACAAUUAAAUAAUGGAAUAUCUAUUAAUGAGACUGAAUCAAUAGAUCAAUUAAUUACUUUUCAAAAACAACAAAAUAAAUUUCAGUUUCCAAGUUUUCAAGCUAUUUCAGCAUCAGGUAAUCGAGCAGCUAUUGUUCAUUAUUCAUCAAAACCAGCCACAGCUCGAUUAAUUACUAAAAAUGAAAUUUAUUUGCUAGAUGCUGGUAGUCAGUAUCUUGACUGUACAACUGAUAUAACACGAACACAUCAUUUCGGUACUCCGAAAGAUUUAGAAAAACGUGCUUAUACACGUGUUCUUCAAGGUGUACUUGAUAUUGCUGAUGCUGUUUUUCCUAAACGAACCUAUGGUAGAUCACUUGAUUAUCUCGGUCGAAUGCACUUAUACAGAGAUGGUAUGAUUUAUGGACAUUCAACAGGUCAUGGUAUUGGUCAUUUUUUAAGUGUACAUGAAGGACCACAACGUAUUGGAUCAAAUUAUGAUCCAUAUGAACGACCAUUAGAUGAUGGAAUGUUUCUUUCAGAUGAACCAGGAUUUUAUAAAGCAAACGAUUUUGGUAUUCGUAUUGAAAAUAAUAUGGAAGUAGUAAUGACUAAUAAAAGUAUUUAUGAUAAUACACAAUUUUUACGUUUUAAUACAAUUACUCUUAUACCAUAUGAACAUUCACUUAUUGAUGUUAGUUUAUUAACAACAGCACAAUACAAUGCUAUUAAUCAAUAUCAUAUGAAAGUAGCAGCGAUUUUAGAACCAUUACUUAAAGACGAUGAAGCAGCUUUAAAAGCAUUACGUUCUCGUACAGCUAAAUUAGAACUUCAACCAACAAUGACUUCGAAACCACUAAAUAAAGCACCGAAUACUAAUAACUCAUUCUUAAUAAUCUUUAUUGUUAGUUACAUUAUUUUAUUUUAA